AUGGCAUUCAAAGACACCGGCAAGACCCUUGUGGAGCUGGAAGUGGUCAUUCACCGGAUCCGGAUCGGGAUCACCCUCACCAGCGAAAAACUCUGCGAUGAAGGUUCAAAGACUUGGGAUUGGUUCCAGAUGAGAACGCACAAAUGCCUUAUUGAUUUGCACAGUCCUUCUGAAAUUGUGAAACAGAUCACUUCUGUCAGCAUUGAACCAGGUGUAGAUGUUGAAGUCACUGUUGCAGAUGCCUAA